UUCAGAUACGGAUUCGGGUUUUUCGGGUUCGGAUUUCGGGCUUCGCCUAAUCUGCCCACCCUCCGUUCUUCACCUGCGCCCUGCGGCCUUGGCUACCCUAGUGCCGUCUGGAUCUGCGGCGAUUCAGGUCGGCGACGGUUGGACGUGAAGACCGCCGGCAGUUUGGUAAACCAGAUCUGUCGGGCAUGUCAUCGUCGAGGUAUCACAGUCGCCCGGCGGCCUUGGCUACGUCCCGCAGCAAGCGCCCAGCAGCCUUUGCUUCGUGUAGCAGCACGCGCCGGCGGCGCAGGACCGCUGAUGCCGCCGCCGCCACUGGAGAUUCAUCCUUGUGGGCGUCGCUGCACGAGGAUCUGGUGGGCCAGAUUGCGUGGCGGGUGCUGGCCGGCGACUUGCGGGACUACAUCCGCUUCCGCGCCGUGUGCCCAAACUGGCGGUCCAGCACAGCCUGCCCGCGCGGCCGCGGCAUUGUCGACCGGCGCUUCCACCCGCGGCGGUGGAUGCUGCUGCCGGAAGGCCACGGCCUCCACCCGGGCCACAGCAAGCUGCGUGGGUUCGUCCGCUUCUUCAACCUCUCCACCGGCGCCUUCGUCCGCGUUCACCUCCCGCUCUUCAGGGACCACUGCGUCCUCGACUCUAUCGACGGUAUUCUCCUGCUGCAGCGGGACCACGACACGGCAAUCCGCCUCCUCCACCCCUUCACCGGAGACAUCUUGGACUUCCCCCCUCUGGAGACCCUCCUGAGGUACGUGCACCCGAUGUUGUUGGGGAGCAAGUGGUACUAUAUCAGAAGUAUCCGUGCUGCCUCGCUCAAUGUGAGCGUGGAUGAAGACGUCUCGCUUAUGAUUUUGGGGGCGCCGGGUAUGUUGCAGGUAGCCUUUGCUACCUCUGGGGAACAGCAAUGGAAGGUUUCAAGCUGGUACUUGAAGGAUAUUUUUAGUGAAUUGUCAUUCCAAGGCAAGAUAUAUGUGGUUUGUGAGAUCGGAAAGUCCACUGGAGAAAGGAUCCUGCAGAUUGACCCACCCGAGCUGGAAGGGACGGAACCCUGGGUGCCACCACCAAAGUUGAUUGCCAAAUGUCCAGUAAACAAACCUGGCAAAAUCAGCUUUUACUAUUUGGUAGAAUGCAACUCAGAGGUUCUGGUGGUCGCCAUAAGCUCUGGCAUUGAUAGGAAAAUUUUAGUUUACAGACUAGCUGACCUUAUGCUGGGAAGGACUGUCCUGAUGACAUGCAUUGAUGGUAAUGCCAUCUUCAUUGGUGGGAGGAAUCUGUGUGUGAGGUCUAAGGCGUUCCCUAUACUUGUGGGUGACACCAUUGUCUUUUACUAUAGAGAGGGACACUGUUUUGCUGAAUACCACCUCAGCAGAGGUACAUUGUUGCCAGCAUUAGACAGAUCUAUCAUAGCAAAUGCUGUAUCAAGUCCUAAUGCUGUAUCAAGUCCUCGUAGCAUUAUCUACCAUAUCAACACAUGUUGCUAUCGUCAAAUAUGGAACAAGGGGCAGAUAAAGUUUUUGGGGAAGACGGCAAAGUGGCGGGUGAAGGGAAAGUGGCGAAUUGGGGUAAAUUUGGCCUCCGAGGCAAUGCGUAAAUGGCUCUGCCUGUAACAUGGUGGAUUGGUGGUGGUGCCUGGUGUUCCUUCUCCACAGCGUUAUCUUCACAGCCUUAAUUAUUGGCAUGCUAUGUUAUCCAUGCACAAGGAGAGUAGUUCCCAGUGGUUGUGACAGAUUUUCUUACCACUAUCUAUCAUCAAUGUUAUUCUUGUGGUUGUGACAAUUUGCUCGCUAUCUAGCUAUCUUCAUGUUGGAACAGCUAAUUAACUGUUGUAGCAUCCCUGGUAUUUGCCAUUGAGCUACUUAUUUGUCUAGGGAGGUGCCUUUAAUUAAUUAGAUGUCUAGGGAGGUUUUGAACUUCCGGUAACAAGAGUGUGAUAAUUAACAUUACAUGGUUCGGCAGCAUUGCAAUUAAAA